UGUGCCUCAGGCAAGAACUAUAUAAAAGGGGCUGGCUACCUUUCCAAGGCUGCAAAUGCAGGAGAGCUGAGGGUCUCCCUCUCCUGGAGAUCAUGGACACUUCUUACCCACGGGAGGACUACCUGCCCAUGACGUCCCACAAACAGGACCAUUCUUCCACUGUCAUCACCAUUGGAUCAUCUGUGGUACCCCGGGACCACCUGAUUUGGUCCAUCUUUAACACCAUCUACAUGAACCUCUGUUGCUUUGGUUUUGUGGCUCUUGCUUACUCCAUCAAGGCGCGGGACCAAAAGGUGGCAGGUGAUGUGGAAGCAGCUCACCGCUUCAGCUCCAAGGCCAAAUGCUACAACAUCCUGGCCAUGGUGUGGAGCCUACUGCUGCCAGUGCUACUUGUUGCCCUGGCAGUCACUGGUGUGAUCCACUUCACCAAGCUGGUUCAGGAGUCCAUGAACUUCUUCAACUAUGAGAUCAUCACCAUUGAAGAUGACAAGAAGUGAGACAGGGGCUUCAUGGGUUCCUGGGAGCUCUCGUGGGGCACUCCUAGCAGUGUUCCACAUGGACGGCAAUCCAGCAUGACCCAGCUGAAUGGGACACUGUGCAUGGCCAGCUGCUGCUAUAACCCAGGGCAGCUUCCCCAUAUCCCUGCAGCUAUGGUAUCCAUGUGCUUUGGAACUCGCUUCACAGCUCUCCCUGUGGUGUGGCAUGGGAUCUGAAAACAGUUCCCCUGUGCAUCCUUGUGGCCUGUGUGGACUUAAAUCCAUACAGCUGAGUCUGUGCAGUGGUCUCCUCAGGCCUGGCCCCUUUUGUCUUCCCCACCCUCUCUCCUCAUUCGACCUUGGCUUGUCUUGGGACCUCUGUUCCCUUUUUCCCACUGCCAGAGACACAAAUCCAUUUCAACACUUUCCUUAGGCUCCUCCCCCUCCCCUUUUGGUUGUUUAUUUUGAAUAAUGUUGGCUGUCUCUCAGUCUAACCAUUCUUGUAGCUAUUUAAGUGAUUAAAUAAUUUCAUACA